UCCAUUCUCUUUCUCUCUCUCUCUCUCUCUCACUGAAUUCAUCGCAAGCUUCUGAAGAAAAUCUAACAAUCUCAAGCUUUGAAUAUCCCUUCUUCAUCCAAAUCAGAUACUAAAAAUGAAUGGGGUCGGAGGAAAGUUCAUGAAGAAGCUAAAAUCGAUCAAGCCCGCUAUAGCUUAUCUAAACCAAGAUCGAAUUCUUCAGGCCAUUGCCCCAGAUGGGUACUGCGAUUUCUUCACUAGAAACGAGAAUUUCAAACCCAAUAUUCCGAUUCAGAAGACGAUCCAGAAGAUCGCUUCGAAUUUGGGGAAGAAAAACGGAGAUGGGGUUGAAGAUGGAGAAACAGAGGAGUCUGGUUUCGAUGAAAAAGAGAACAUUGAGCCGUUUGUUGAAUGUAGAAAUAAGGAUUCCUUGUGUUCAAGUAGUGGGAAUUUUUUAGUGGAUUCAAAACGAGAAACCCCUUUGUCGGAAAUUGACAUCUCGUCUUUCCGGCCACCGGAUAUGAACUCCGGUAGCCUCUUCGACCCUAACUUACUUGAGGUUUUUCAACAAGCUGUGAUGGAAUAUAUGAAAUAUAGGGAAGAUGAGAUCGAAUGUAGAAUCGAAUUUGAAGAAGAAGAAAAGAGGAGUCCUCUGUUUUGCUUUGAAGAAGAAGAAGAAAAAGAAGAAGAAAAGAGGAGUCCUCUGUUUUGCUUUGAAGAAAAAUGCCCACCAGGGGGAUCAGACUCUGUUAUUCUCUACACAACAACUCUAAGAGGAAUAAGGAAGACAUUUGAGGAUUGCAACAGCAUAAGAUUUCUAUUAGAAACAUUCAAAGUGAAAUUCCACGAGCGAGAUGUAUCGAUGCACACGGAGUUCAAAGAAGACCUAUGGAAAGUUUUGGAAACAAACAGAGCUUUACCUCCCAAGCUGUUCAUAAGAGGAAAGUACAUUGGUGGAGCAGAGGAAGUUUUGGAGCUGCACGAAAAGGGGAAGCUACGCCCGUUGUUCGAAGGUAUUCCGAUUGAUCAAUUCUCCGGGAUCCCGUGCGAAGGGUGCGGCGGAGUUCGAUUCGUGCUUUGCUUCAAAUGCCACGGGAGUCGAAAAGUUGUUGAUGAUGAGAGUGAUGAACAGAGGAAAUGCACAGAAUGUAAUGAAAAUGGAUUGAUAAUCUGCCCUUAUUGCAGCUGAAGAAGAACAUGGAUUUUUGUUGUUUGAUUCUUUGAUUGUGUAAAUUGGGUUUUGAUUUUUGUUAAGAUUCUUUUAUACAGAACAUGUUCUUCUCAAGUUCAACAAGAUAUUUCAGGGUUUUUUUUUUUUUCAU